GGUUGUGACCCGGUCUGACCCCGGUUUGACCUUGCAGUGACCUUUGACCUCUCCGGUCCUGGCUCUCCACCUGCUCUGCUGCCUGGGUUCAGGAACGCUCCGUCCUGGGGCCCAGAACGAGCCAAUCAGGAUGAAGAAGAGCCGCAGCGUGCUGUCUGUGACUGGAGAAGAGGGUAAGGACACAGAUAUAAUUGGUGCUGAGGAGAAGGCGGAGUCAUCUCGCUACAGCCGAUCUUAUACGUCCGGGGCCACUCUGGGGGCGGAGCUACGCAGAGGGAGGAGCAGAAGACUUUCCUCCAGUCUCCAGGUACCGUGCUGGCUCCGCCCCCGAGACCGCACCCGCUCCCCCGAGGUCCUGAGCAACGUGUCCCGUCCGACAACUCUGCCUCUCCGCAUCCCGCCUCGCAUCUCCAUCACACAGGCAGACGCUGACGGCUAUGAAGCAGAAAAUGGCGUGUCUCCGGCUCUCACCCCGCUGGGCUCUCAGAGUCCCGGCAUCACGCUGCACACCCCCUUCCCCCCCGGCCAGAGGCGAGAGUCCUUCCUCUACCGCUCCGACUCCGACUACGACAUGUCGCCCAAGACGGUCUCUCGUAACUCCCUCGCCAGUGAAGGGCACACCGGAGAGGACUUCAUCGUCACACCUUUUGCACAAGUGUUGGCCAGUCUGCGAUCAGUACGGAGCAACUUCACCAUUCUUGCCAACGUCUCACCAGUCAAGCGGUCUCCGGUGGGGGGGCCAUGUCUCAGCCCCCGCGCGGCGCUCUCGGAGCAGCAGUACCAGCAGCUGGCUCUGGACACUCUGGAGGAGCUGGACUGGUGUCUGGACCAGCUGGAGACCAUCCAGACGCACCGCUCCGUCAGCGAGAUGGCCUCCAACAAGUUUAAGAGGAUGCUGAACAGAGAGCUGUCCCACCUGUCAGAGAUGAGUCGCUCCGGCAACCAGGUGUCAGAAUACAUCUCCAGCACCUUCAUGGACAAGCAGAACGAGGCGGAGAUCCCGUCUCCCACCCUGAAAGAUAAAUCCAUGAGUCACAUCACGGGCGUGAGGAAACUCUGCCACAGCUCCAGCCUCUCCAGCUCCUCCAUGCCUCGCUUCGGCGUCAACACAGACCACGAGGACGAGCUCGCCAAGGAGUUGGAGGAUCUGGAUAAGUGGAGUUUUAACAUCUUCAGUUUAGCAGAGUUCUCCAACAACAGACCCCUCAGCUGCAUCAUGUACACCAUUUUCCAGGAGCGAGAGCUGUUGAAGACGUUUCGUAUCCCCGUCGACACGUUUGUCACUUAUGUGAUGACCCUGGAGGACCAUUACCAUGGAAACAUACCGUACCACAACAGCCUCCACGCUGCAGAUGUCACUCAGUCCACACACGUCCUCCUGUCCACACCUGCUCUAGAUGCCGUCUUCACUGAUCUGGAGAUCCUGGCCGCUCUGUUCGCUGCAGCGAUCCACGACGUCGACCAUCCUGGAGUCUCCAAUCAGUUCCUCAUCAACACCAACUCGGAGCUGGCCCUCAUGUAUAACGACGAGUCGGUCCUGGAGAACCACCACCUGGCCGUGGGCUUCAAGCUGCUGCACCAGGAGCACUGCGACAUCUUCCAGAACCUGAACAAGAGGCAGCGGCAGAGCCUCCGCAAGCUCGUCAUCGACCUGGUGUUGGCCACAGAUAUGUCCAAACACAUGACGCUGCUGGCUGACCUGAAGACGAUGGUGGAGACGAAGAAGGUGACGAGCUCCGGUGUGCUGCUGCUGGAUCAUUACAACGAGCGGAUACAGGUGCUGAGGAACAUGGUGCACUGUGCAGACCUGAGCAACCCCACCAAGGCGCUGCCGCUCUACAGGCAGUGGACCGAGAGGAUCAUGGAGGAGUUCUUCAGACAGGGAGACAAGGAGAGGGAGAGAGGCAUGGAGAUCAGCGCCAUGUGUGACAAACACACCGCCUCCGUGGAGAAGAGCCAGGUGGGUUUCAUCGACUACAUCGUGCACCCGCUGUGGGAGACGUGGGCGGACCUGGUGCACCCGGACGCUCAGGAGCUGCUGGACACUCUGGAGGAGAACAGGGAGUGGUACCUGAGCACCAUGCCCCAAUCCCCCUCUCCCCCCCCGGACCGACACCUGCAGAUCGACCGCUUCCAGUUCGAACUCACCCUGGAGGACAUGGAGCACAACAACCACAACCACAUCCACCUGAGGAGCAACGGGGGGACGGGAGACGCAGAGGAGAGAACAGAGGAGGAGGAGGAAGAAGAAGGAGCUGAGGAAGAAGACGAGGAGAAUCACAACAGCAAACACAACGGGUUACAAAGUGAGGAAGAGGACGAUGAGGAGGGUGGAGAAAGAGAGGGAGACGAGCUGGAGGAGAAUGGAGAAGGAGAAGCAGAAGAAGUAGAGGAGGUGAAGGACACUGAGGAGGAGGAAUGUGAAGAAGACGGAGGAGGUGAAGGACACAAUGCAGCUGAGGAGGAGGAGGAAACUCUAGAGGAAAAGGAAGAGGAGGGGCAACAUCCUGAAGAAGAACAAGAGGAUGGUGCAGGAGAUAAGGAUGCGAAUAACGAGGAGGGAGGAGGCGAGGAAACUUGGGGAAAUGAAGAUGUAGAUGGAGAACAAGAGGGAGAGGAAGGAGCUGAGGAGGAAGAGGAGGUGGAGGAAGAGGAGGGCGAAACAGAGGAUAAAGUGGAGGAGGAGGUUGGAGAAACAGAAGAGGAAGAAGAGGAGAAAGAGGAAGAGGAGGAGGAAGGAGAGGAAGAAGAAGCGGUAGAGGAGGAGGCACCAGUUGAGGAUGAGAAGGAGGAAGAAGAGGAAAGUUAGUUGCGUCUAAAACAUGAUUUAACAGGGUCAAUGAAAAGUGAGAGAUUCAAAAUGAAGCUGGAAAGACGGUUAAUAGUAAGACUGUCAUGAGGA